AUCGAAUAGUACCGUACUAUAACUUUUUAUAGGUGUUAUAUUUGGCAACCUCGCUGGUUUCAUGUUUUUUUCUAUUUAUAUGGUUAUUUGUGGUUAUUUGAUUUGGGUGUUGCAUGUUUGUGUAUUAUAAAUGUGAUGUGACUUUUAUUAGUUCUAGUUUCUAGUGCUAUCAUUAUAUUCCAGAUUCAAAAGUGUAUUAUAAACAAUAAUUUCCAAAUGCAUUUGCCACAGUGGAUUUGAUCAAAAUAGCCAAUCUACUCAAUUAACGUUUUUGUGUCUAAUCCUAACAAAAAGUUGGAAUCAUGGCUGGGGUAAGUUCAGCAGGUGGUGUAGAACUGACUGGGAAUGCAGGUCGUGCCCUCAAACUCCAUACUGACACACCACAUUUGGUUAGUAUGGGUGGAGAUAGACUUAGCACCUCAGUUACUUUGCAUCCUAUUUCUAAAGGACGGGUGACAAUCGGUAGUGGCAGCAGCGUGGACGUACACGUCCAAGGCCGCGGCGUUCAAGCUUUGCACUGCAGCAUCGAAAACAGCGAGGGAGUUGUCACUAUUUAUCCUAUAGAAGGCGAGGUGCUGAUAGAUGGGGUUCAGAUCGACAGACCUACGCGCCUGUCCCAGGGCGUCAUGCUGACGAUAGGCCGUUCGAACUACCUCCGUUUCAAUCACCCUGCUGAGGCGCGAUUGAUGAAAUCCGUUCUCCCCAACCCGCGUAUCUCCAUGGCGCCCAUCAACUUCGAGCCUGGUGAGUACACCCACCAACCUUCUGCGUCGUCUGCCCCUGGAGCCAAAAAACCACCGUCUGUUCCCCGGAAAAGCCCCAGGGAGUCGCUGGAGAACAGUGGAGGGGAGGAACCGCCGUCCAGCAUAGCGAUCAAAGUGUCAAAGUUCGAAUAUCUCGCCGCUCAGAAUCUCAAGAAAAGCAUAUCGCCGAAGGUGUUUCCUGCUAACGUGGCCACUGUUAAUAUGCCGAUGAAGGACGUGAUUGGGAAGGCCCCUCCAGACCUCAACAGAUAUGCGAAGAGUCUCCCACAGAGUGCACUGAACUACUGGGAUCUUAAUUACGCCAAUAAACCUGAAGAAAAGAAGAAAGGCCAAGAGAUGCUUACGAAAAAAUCGCACUACGUUAACGUGACGGUCGAUGAGCCAAAAAAUGUAAACAAUAAGGUGAUCAUAUUUGAAAAUAAUUGCCCCGCAAACGUGAAUUUCGACUUUAACGAUUUGAACAAUAAAACCUCUAGUAUGAACAAGAAUAUAAAUCUGAACAAGAUGAACAUGCCAUCGCCAAACUUCAACAGGAAUCCUGUGGUAUAUCGAAGUGUCACGCCUAGCCUUCCGUCAAAAGCGACCAAGUCUGAGUAUAGGAGAAGCGGAUCCUUGGGGGAAUUGAAUGUCACUUGCACAGAAGGUGAACAAGCUGUACAAAGGAAGUACGAAGCUGAGUUGAGAAGAAAUCAGGCACAUCAAGAGAGGGUGAAGGAGCAGGAAAUAGAAAAGGCCGAGCAACAGAGGUUAGAAGAAAUAUUGAACAUGUGCGUUGAGUACGAGAAGCAGACACAGUAUGAGAAAAAUAAGCCAGUCACCCCUAACAGAAUCAAGACAAAUGGAUCCCUUCCUCGUGACAAACGUGGCCAGUACGCACCUCCAUCACCUAGCUAUAGUACCUCUCCACCUCUCUCUCCGUUGGAUCUCCUCCAAAACGAACUGCUGAAGCACAACAACCACAACUACGAAAACGUGAACAGAUCCUUUUGCAAAUCGCCCAACGAAACGACAGAACAAAUAUCGUAUCCAAAUUCGAGAGAAAACUCAGAAAUGCAUUUGAAGACUCCCGAGCAAAACAGUGAAAGUAGGAAUUUGGAAAGAAAUAGUCCGUACGAGAACAUUAUGAUGCAGCAAGGUGUUGUGGUUCCGGUUCCAUUGUCACCUCGAACGAGAAUCAAGACAUUUGUCACUUCAAACAAGGAUAAGUAAGUAAUAGAUAUUUGCCAACCACGAACAUCAAGGUAAAACUAACAAUAAAGUUGAAUAUUUUGCUGCCUUUAGGAACUAAGGUGUCAUAUACAGUAGCGGACAGAAGUUAGGAAACAUUCUUAGUAAUUUUUAAAAAGUGUGUUAAUUUUUUAUUCUAUAUUAUUAAGGACUAUUUUUUAUCUCAUAUAGUUUGCUUACAGUCUUGAGGGUACUCAUGACAAUUUAUGUUUGCUGUGGUACUACAGACUAACUAGCAUUAAAAUAUACCUUCAUAUUAUUUUAUGACCAAAAAUGAGACGACAAAAGUAUGGAAACAUAUUUUUGCCGUCUACUGUUUAGCUAAUAUUUGGUGGUAUAGCCUUUAGCAUUCAACACUGCUGAAAUCUGUUGCUCAUAGAAGACACCAAUUU